AGCCUUUCCAGGUUUCUUUUCCGCUUUGCUCCCACCCUGCUGUUGGAUUUGAGAUCAUGUCGCUUAAUAUUGUAGCUUUUGGAAAUGAAAGAGAUGGUUUUUCUGAGGACAAUCAGCAGCUCAGUCUGAUCUGGAGCUAUCUCGGGAGAAGUGCUCUCAUUUCCCAGAUGGACAGCAGCUUGUCUGCCAGUCACGUUGGAAACCCAGGUUUUACUGAGUAUCAAGCCUGCAUAUUUGGAAAUGUCAGACUGGUGGUACACGACUGUCCUGUCUGGGAUAUAUUUGACAGUGACUGGUACACUUCCUGCAGGCUUAUUGGAGGAGCUGAUAUUAUUGUGAUUAAAUACUCUGUCAAUGACAAGACUUCAUUUCAAGAACUAAAGGACAGCUAUGUGCCAAUGGUAAAAAAAGUACUAAAUCACUGCUCAAUUCCAGUAAUAAUUUCUGCUAUUGGUGCAAGAAAAAACGGAGUACCUUGCACCUGUCCCCUGUGCACUUCAGACAGGAGGAGCUGUGUCACAACCUCUGAAGGAGUUCAGCUUGCAAAGGAACUUGGAGCCACCUACCUUGAACUGCACACUCUUAAUGACUUCUACAUCCAGAAAUACUUUGGAGGAGUGCUGGAAUAUUUUAUGAUCCAAAGUUUGAAUCAGAAGUCAUCUGAAAAAAUGAAGAAAAGGAAAAAGACGCAGAAGUGCCAUCAAGUCCAACCACCUCAGCUUGAACAACCAGAAAAGAUGCCGAUCCUGAAGGGUGAAGCCUCGCACUACAAUGCAGACCUGCACAACCUGCUCUGCUGCUGCCAAUGUGCAGAUGUGGCCUUCUACCCUGAGGACCUCAGCACAGCAGUGGAGGCUCACAAGAUCAUCCUCUGCUCUGUCAGCCACCUCUUCAUGCUGCUCUUCGGGGUGAAGAGCCCGUCUGACACCCAUGACGCCUCUGUCGUACAGCUGGCACAGAGCCUCUUUGCGGUGGAGGCAGGGGAUCCCUUCCCCUCCUCCCCCCAUGGUGUCCCACCCUGUGUCCCACCAGUCAGGGUAGUGGUGAAGGAUUCUGUCUUCUGUUCUUGUCUCCCAGACAUCCUCCACUUCAUUUAUUCAGGUGCUUUCCAGUGGGAGCGAUUAGAAGAGGACAUAAGAAAGAAGCUGAAGGAUCCAGAUAAAACAGAACAUGUGCUUGAGAAAGUUAAAUGCAUGCUGAAAACUCCAGGGAGGCCAAACACUGUAAAGGACUGCAAGUCUCACCAGAUAAAACAGCUGUAUAAUAUUUCUCUCAGGCUGUUCUUUAACACACCUGUGCUGGCUGAUGUAAUCUUCAAAAUACAAGGUGCAACUGUACCAGCCCACAGGGCAGUUCUGGUCGCUCGCUGUGAGGUUAUGGCAGCUAUGUUUAAUGGUAAUUAUCUAGAAGCAAAUAGCAUUCUGGUUCCAGUGUAUGGGGUUUCCAAAGACACUUUCCUGUCCUUCUUAGAGUACCUUUACACUGACUCCUGCUGCCCAGCCAGUAUUCUUCAAGCGAUGUCUCUGCUGAUCUGUGCAGAGAUGUACCAAGUAAUGAGACUCCAGCAUAUUUGUGAACUUUACAUCAUCACGCAGCUUCAGAGCAUGCCUAGCAGAGAACUGGCUUCCACAAGCCUCAGUAUUGUUAGCUUGCUCAAAAAAGCUAAGUUUCACAAUUCUGAUUGCCUUUCAACUUGGCUUCUUCAUUUUAUUGCCACUAACUACCUCAUCUUCAGUCAAAAGCCUGAAUUUCAAGAACUUUCAGUGGAAGAGCGCAAUUUUGUAGAGAUGCACCGAUGGCCUUCAAACUUGUACCUAAAGCAGCUUGCUGAUUACAGGAGCUAUAUCCACUCUCAGAAAUGCCACUGCACAGUAAUGUAAAGAGGCUGAAUUCACUCAAAGUGCAUCUCAACUGCAAAAUUUCGGAUUAGGGAUUAUAUAGAAUAUAAAAAACAUGUAAAGAGUGAAACCUGA